AUGGCUGGAACCAGUACCAAGGAAGAGCAGGGCCUUGCGGCUCUUGAGGUGGCUGUCUCUACCGCGCGCACGCUGAUCGCACAGCUCCAACCUACAGCUCCAGCAGCUCAAUCAAAGAGUCAGAACGACGUCAACGCCCUCGACCUUGCAUACGAUGCUGCUUCCCUUAUACGCGCGCAUACGACCAAGCUCUCCCUCCUUAUUCUCAACAAGCCAUUCACUGCCUCCGCGAUCUCCACUGUCCUGCGCGAAUUGGUAGAUGGGCCGCUGCCCGGUCUAGCAUCCGCUACUGAACUGUGUACGGCCGAUAGAUAUACAAAGGUAAUGAGCACGGAGCUGCAAUAUAGGACGAAAAAAGUUUUAGCGGACUUGGGGACACUAGUUCAAGCUAUUCCCCUUGAUGGGGAGAUAUUGAACGACGAUGCGAAGAAUGGGACUGGCCCCGAGAAGGGGAAGGGGAUUCUGGCAGUUACAGGAACGAUAUGGGAGGCUUGCGACGGUAUAAUUGAGUUGAAGAAGCUAGGUGUGGCAGGGCUGGUCAUUCAAAAGGCAGAGGGAUAUCGAGAUCUCUUGAAGGAUGCGUUGGAGGAGCUACAAGAAUGGGCAGAGGAGGACAGUGAUGGGGAAGACGAGGAAGCUGUUGAUGGGGUGGAGGAUGCUGCACAAGCUGAGGUGGACAAUAUUUUUGGUUCUCAACGACACAUUCCACCCGAUGACCCGGAAAGUAUUCGCCCGAGGCUCGAGUCUUCGAUCAAACGAUUACGGCUCCUUAUUCUGAUGUACCAAGCUGCCACCAAACGCCGAUUCAAAACAUUGCCUCCACUUCCCCACCCUGAAUUACCACCAGAGCUUAAUGAGAAAUCGGCUGAAGAUCCUGGAAUUGCCAAUCGUUUGGACGAGGUGUUAGACGUCAUGAAUAAGAUUCCUGAUAUCACGGACGAAUUGGCGAGUGCAUUUUACGAGCUGGACGCCGAGGAGAUUGACAAACGGAUGGAUCAAUGUUUCUUCACGGGAUUCGCGGUCACUGAGUUACUGGUCAAGAAUUGGGAGGGUCAAAAUGAUGAGUUCAGUACUUGGGCCGCAAAAUUCCAGCUUGCGAUGAAGAAGGGAUGGUGA